GUGAGCAACAUGUUGCUCACGAGCCACUGGUUGGGGAACACUGCCUUAUAGGGAAACACAGAGUGUGAAAUAACAGAGAAAUAGAGAAUAAACCCCGGGCAGUGGCUUCUGCUUUUCUACUCAGUCUGUAUGUGCCAGAGACCCCAUCAUGUCCGUCCCGCUGGCUGUCAUUCUGCUCUUGCUGCCCAUGGGGAACGUUGGAGCUGCAGCCAGACCGGUGCUUUCCUUCUCCCCAAACUGGGCCCCAAUACUCACUGGUGAUAAUGUAACUCUGACCUGUAACGGGGCCCGUCCUGCACAAGGGAAUGAGAGAUAUACCUGGUACCGAGACAGUAACCCAAUACCUGGAGUGGAACAGCAGAACUAUACUAUCCAGGGGGCCCAGCUAGGACAAAGUGGGAGGUACCAGUGCCAGAUUGGUGAGAGAAGUGAGAGAAGUGCUGCCCUCCAGCUGACAGUUAGUGAGGGUGAGUUACCCACCCCAGCUCUGAGAGUGCCCAGAAAUGAUAAGGAAUGUGAUGCUACAUAG